CUCAUCCGCAUCCACCUCCACAUCUGGAUCUGCAUCCGCACACAUCUCCACAUCUGGAUCUGCAUCUGCACUACGUCCAUCUCCGAACAGCCUUGCCUGCAAGCCAUGGCCGCCCCCAACCCCACCCUUGACGCGAUCGAGGCCGAGAUCGGCCAGCUCUUCUGCUUCGGCUUCCACGGCCAUGAACCCACGCCCGAGAUCCUGGACCUGAUUCGCACUCAGAAGCUGGGGACGAUCAUCUUGUUCUCCAGAAACGUCCGCAGCGUCCAGCAGCUGCAAGAUCUCUGCCACCAGCUGCAGCAGACCGCCCGUGACGCCAACCACACCCAGCCGCUGCUCAUCUGCCUCGACCAGGAAAACGGCAUGGUUCGCCGUCUCGGCAGCACCGCUACCUACUUCCCCGGCAGCAUGGCUCUCGGAGCCACUCGGUCGGCCGAGUGGGUCGCAAAGGUCUCGGAGGCGACUGCCAGGGAGCUCAAGGCCAUCGGUAUCAACUGGAACUUGGCCCCCGCCAUCGACGUGAACAACAACCCGGCCAACCCCGUCAUCGGCGUCCGCUCCUUUGGCGAAGACCCGCACGAAGUCGCCCGACUUGGUGUGGCCUUUGUCAAGGCGCACCAAGACCAGAAAGUUGCUACCAGUAUCAAGCAUUUCCCUGGACAUGGAGACACCGCCGUCGAUUCCCACCACGGCAUUCCCAUUAUCGAGCGCACCGUCGACGACCUCGAGGAAGUGGAGCUCAUUCCCUUCAGGCGCGCCAUCGCCGAGGCCAACCCGGCCUCCCUCAUGGUAGGCCACAUCCAUUUGCCCAACAUCAUGACGGAGGAGUACGAGGACAAGCACCUUCCAGCCUCCAUUUCGCACGACAUCAUCACCAAGCUGGCGCGCGAGCGCCUUGGCUAUCGCGGCAUGAUCGUGACCGACUGUCUGGAAAUGGAGGCCAUCUCCGAGACCAUCACGGCCGAGCGUGGCAGUGUGUUGGCGCUCAAGGCUGGCGCGGAUAUGGUCAUGGUCUCGCAUGUCCUUUCUCGACAAAUUGGCUCCAUCAGUGCUGUCAAGAAAGCCCUGAGAUCCGGAGAGUUGAAUCUCGGUCGGGUCCAGGACGCGAUCGCCGCCGUCAAGCAAAUGAAGGGCGAGUACACCACCUGGGAGACGGCCUUGUCCCGCCCCAGCCUGGACGUCAUCUCGUGCGAGGAGCACGUCAGACUCAGCAACGAAUGCUAUCGAGAAACCACGACGCUCGUCCAUGAUCGCAAGCGCCAGCUUCCUCUGCAGCUCGCCCAGGAUGACCAAAUCUUGGUCUUGGCCAUCGAGAUCCCCACGACGCUUGCAAUCGAGGUUUCUGUUGAUCCGCUCGCGGUUGCCGCCGAGUGCGUGCGCAAGCGACACCAAAAGGUCCAAGCCAUCCGCAUUCCGUUCUCGCCAGAGUCGGUUCAGGGCACCGCCAUCGACUCUGAGAUCCGACAGGCCAUCGCCGCCUCCAGGGUCAUUGUCAACGUCAGCGGCAACGCCAACAUCAACCCAAGUUUCCGGAUCUACUACGAGAGAUAUCUCGCGGACAUUGCCGAUCCAUCCAAGAUCCUGGUUGGCAUCGGCGCGUGCAAUCCCUAUGAUGCUCCCGUCUACCCGAACGUGGGCUCCUUCAUCAACACGUACGAGUUCAACCCUCCUGCGCUGGAUUCGGCUGUCGGGUUGGUCUUUGGCGAGUUCAGCAACCACGCCGUCUCGCCCGUCACCAUUGCUGGAUACACCGAGGCCAAACCAACCGCCGCGGCAUUGUAGAAUGGAUCUGUCGUCACUGCCGGCUUUCUAUGCUCACCAAACGAGAGGCUUGUCCGCGCACCGACAUGGCUGCAUGAAUGCGGCUCUACCACCAGGGCCCGCUGCUGGGCUGUGGAGGCAUGGUCCAUACCACGUAAUAUACAUUUGUUCAGAGCCGAACGGGAGACUAUCCCUCGACUGUCAUCCGC